AUGGGUUCGGCUGAAGGAGAGCCCUCGCUGCUGCAGCGGCAGAAAAUGACCGAUGACUAUCACAAAUUCCUGUACACUGCGUCUUUUGCGACUCUUGUAAUUGCACCGGUUCUAAUAAUCCUCCCUCCUCGGAAACUCGAUCUCUACACCUUCUCGUUAUCUGGGGCCUUUGUAAUUUCGGCGAACUAUCAGUUGAAAGAACGCACGGGCUCAGGGCUCCUAGGCCACGUUCCCGCGCCGUUUGCUAUGCCAAAACGUGCUAGCGAAAUCCAAGCUGCGCAGGCCCAAGACCGCGAGCGCCGGAGGCACCUUCUCGAAGAAUCCGGCGGACAACUGUUGCCCAGGAAAGGUUCGAUCUUGGAGGAAAAGGCCAAAGAGAUAUGGAUGGGUGGGGAAACCGAGGGCUGGAAAGAACGACGUCUACGAGAAGAGCAAGAAAAGAUUGAACAAGGCGAGGGAUAUGGCUCAAUGAUCAUGGACCAGAUCUGGGAGGUCUGGACAUGGGGCAAGAAGCAGGGCGAAGAGCUGAAAGAGACAGACCAAAAAGCUUUGGAGGGCAAAAACGAUAGUUGA